CCCGAGGAACGAUGAAUUUCGAAGAUUGCCGAGGUGUGAGGAACCCCCCAGGGGACGAGGAAUUCCGAAGAUUGCCGAGGUGUGAGGAGUCCCGAAGGAGGCGUAGUGCCGAUAAUUGCCGAAGUGCGGGGGUGACAAAUUCCGACAGGAAUCUAAUGUUCGUAGAACUGGUUGCCAAGCAACUUUCCAUCACAUCGCUCCGAACGGAAACACCGCCAUCUUCCUUACACGUCACUUUGGCCGUAGAAGUCGCGGCCAUCUUGGAUUCGGGCAGAAAUCCACACUCUGUUCUGUUACGUGCUAAGUAGGGCUGCCCAGGCACCCGGUUCAUCGUGAGAUUCUUCCCCCUCGGAAACAGAAGAAAUAGCAGCGCUCUAGGUAUAGGUUCAUGUCUCCUUCCCUACCAUGGCACACAGCUCCCGAGUGCUGAAGCUUGGCCGCCGAUACAAAUUGCUGGCGGGGGCUGCGUUUGUCUUGCUGAUGGUCCAGGGUCUGGUGGUCUGGAGUUUCAGCGGCCUGGAGGAAGGAGAAGUAAGGAAUCAUGAAUAAAUAUGGGGCUUUCAAUAUAAAUAAAACAUGGUGAAUGGGGAGACUAGCAGAGUGGUAAAUAACAUGUGAAAAAGUUAUGGGGUGGAACGGGUUAAAUGUGGCUGGUUAGGAAAAUCAAUUAGAUGGAUGAGAAAAGGUGUGUCUGGUGAAAGUAAAGAGCAACACAGUGAUCUGUUAAGGUUUUCCUGUUUCUGUUAAUGUAAAUGGAGAUAAGGAUUAUUAUUAUGGCUUUUUUUUAAAUUUUCAGUCCUGGCAAGUUUGAUUUAUUGUUUCAACUACUUUUCUUUUUUUGUUGUGUUUUUUUUAUUACAGAAUGCCCUUCAGAGGAGGAGCAGGAGCCCGGAAAAGGCAGAGCUGCCCAAAGAUCCAGACAGUUCGGCAGGACGACGAUCUGGAAGAGGAAGAGAGAAAGACCGCCUUGGCGGCGCGACGCGCAGGCAGAAACCACAUAUUUAUGGAAACCACGAGACGUGGCACAAUCUCACACGCGAAGGGGACACUGGAAGCGUAGAAGGAGCGCCUCUCACAACUGACCAUAGUUUUAGUCCCAAGUGCGAGAUAACUGGCAAGGAUGCGCUUUCGGCUUAUGCACGAGCAAGCACAAGCCAGUGUCAACAGGAGAUUGCAAACAUAGUGUGCCUACACCAGGCGGGACAACUCAUGCCACAGAGGGUAGCACGAUACUGUCACCUGACAGGUAAUAGUAUGCUUCUCAUUUGUUUGUUCUUUCUUUCAUGCACUUACCAUGCGACUUUAAGUGUUACUGGAAUAAUUUUUCACAAUAAGAAAUCUUGAAGGACUACUAAAGUCACGCAGGCCACUUCGUUGAGAUGAAGUGGAUUGGGUGCAGUUGUCCUGUCCUUGCAAUCCAUCUGGCCCCCAUUGCAUUGGACAUUGACAGAGAAGGACACAUUUACAGUAAAGCUUUUAGCAGAUAUUUUGUCGUACCAGUUCACUAGUCCUCCCCAACUUUGAAUCAGAGGAUGUCCAGAGACUUUGCGGCAAGCAUUUUCCUUGUUGGAUCCUAACCCAUAGCCUGCAAUAAGUCACCCCCAAAAAAGAGUUUGUUACUAAAAUUUAGUUAGAAGUAACUCUCUAGCUACUAUUGCCCUUCCUAUCUCUAGUUCAGAGUCUUCCACACCGAGGUAAGUACUGAAUCCAAAUGACUGUGUCUUGCCUUUGCUGGCUAAGUCUUAUGUGUGAUAUGCUUGUGUGUGCUUGGUUUUCUUUUUCUUUUUACCCCUCUUGCAUAACUUUGUUCAGAGGUGGGGGUAUGAUCCUUGGUGGUCCAGCAUGGGUUUUAAAACCCUGGUGGACCAGUGGGGGUUAAAGUCCCUUGUAAUCCAGCGGGUAAGUGUGGUCUGUAUUUCCAGUCGGUGCACACCUCAUAAAUCGCUCCUUGUGUUAAGUCAGAGUGCAGGCUGGAAAUCCAGCGCUGGACCGUGAGGGAGCUGUUACUGUGGUCUGCACCUGCAGUGGGGUUGGAGAGUAGACCAUGCGCUCUUUGUCCCGGUAAUAAGUUCUCUACCUCUCCUGUAGUAGGGUUGAAGGCAAGAAAAAUCUGCCUGCCCUGAGCUUGGACGUGCAUGUUUUAGGCGUCAAAUGAUUGGAAUCCCACAUACCUGGGAUAUACAGCGAAAUCUGGAACUGUUAUUUUCAAAAAAAGUUUUUAUCUCUAUUGCUUGUUUUUUCUAUUCAUGCAUAGAUUGUAGAGACUUGAAAAGGCAUAACCUUUAGAGAAGAGGUCAAAUGUACACAGUCAGGAAUAUUUAUUUGAGAAAUGCUUGCUUGAUGUUAUAUUUUUAUAACUUUUUCAGAAUAACCGUAUAUAUCGUAAGUGUCUGUGUUAUUCGAGGCAUUUCCAGAUCAUGCUGUAAAAAAUGGAAUAAAGUCUAAAAAGUGAAUGCUGUCUGUGCUCAUAAUUUUUACACAUUAUCAGUCCUAUUUUGUGCACCUAAAGUUUUGAAAAAGGAACACUAUUUUUACUCAAAUCUUGCAUUAACUGAACGUGCUGACAGCAGUCGCACUCCUAUCACUCUCUGGCAGCCAGUACAUGCUUGGAUCAGUGUGAUUACUGACGGCAAGAUGGUUUGCUGUGACUGGGAGAGAUGAGUACGUUAAUGGCAAUAUCGGUGAAUUAUAAGUCCAAUACUUGUAAAAAGACAUAUGCUGCAUAAUAAUUGUUGGAAACAAUGAUCGGUCUAUCCCUGGACAGAACGGCAUUUUGGGAGGUUGUGUUUAUGACCGUUUUAUGCGAAGUCUUUGGAUUAUAUAGAUGACGCAUAACAGUGUAUUUUAGAUUUUACUUAUCAGUGUCCCUUUUCUAAUUUUUACCAACUUUAGUAAUCGUUUAAACAGGUAUUACAACAUCCUCGAGAUUAUCUCAAAUACCACAUGUUGAGUAAUUUAAGUCAAUGUAGACUUCAGAUUUGUUUCUAUUUUGAGCUUGGUUUUCUACAGCUUGUUCAGUUGACUGGGUGUUCUAAUCUCAUUAUUUAGUGAAUUGGCAGUAAUCUAUCUCAUGAGCUGGUAGCAAAUUCUGGGCUUAUUGUUUUUCAGGAAAAGGGACUUCAGGUCUUCAGUGGAAUGAGCCAGAUGCAGGGGUUGUGUUGUCCGAGAAGCCUCUGCGUAUAGUGUAUAUGCUUGUUGUACAUGGCAGAGCUGUAAGACAGUUAACACGUCUUAUCAAAGCCAUAUACCACAAAGAUCACUUUUACUACAUUCACGUGGACCAGGUAAGCUGUAGAAUGAAUGUAGAUAAGUGCAUUUGGGGAAGCUAGUCACUGUUUUUGGUAACAAAUAUAAUCAUUCUGUCUUUGUUUCUCAAUUUCAUUUUCAGCGCUCUAACUAUCUACAUAGAGAGAUAACACAGCUGACAGAGCGGUAUGUGAAUAUACGCAUCACUCCGUGGCGUAUGGUCACUAUCUGGGGUGGAGCAAGUCUAUUGACUAUGUAUCUACGCAGCAUGAAAGACUUGCUAGAAAUGCCUGACUGGAAAUGGGAUUUCUUCAUCAACCUUAGUGCCACUGACUAUCCCACCAGGUAAGUGAGAGCUCUUUAUGGCAUUUAAAUUAAAUAUUUCUAUAAAACCUGUUAUUAUAUUCUCUAUAUUUUCUCAUUUUUUCAGGACCAAUAAAGAGCUGGUAAAUUUCCUGUCAAAAUUUAGAGAUAAAAAUUUUCUUAAGUCUCAUGGUCGGGAUAAUGCUAGGUAAGUGGGAAAGAUUGUAAAGACCUGGUCACUAAAUAUUUUUUCUUUAUAAAUGUUGUUGGAGUUGAAGCUUUCUGUCUGAUUUGAGAUACAUGGUUUCUCACCAAAGUGAGAAUUAUUUGUAAUUCUAAAGUAUGUUUGCUUCUCCCCUACUCCUUUUACGGUCAAAAUAGGUAAACUAGACAAAUCAAAUUGUUCAUCUAAUCACAGCUUUCAUGGUGGUAGGAGUCAGGAAGCACAGUGUGUCAAUCUGAAGAAUUCAGAAUUAUUCUCGGUUGUGUGCUAUUGGCUAGUUACACCUCUGGCACACAUGACUUAGGCAGCACAGAACUCUGUUCCAGACUGACUAAUGGUAAUUUUGUGCAUAUUUUAUGUCUGUUGUUGGCGCGCACUGGCACAUUCAGGCGACAGACGUUCCUCUCUUAUCCCUUUGCUGGCAGAGCCUGCCAGAGAAAGCUUGUGUCUCCCCUCCCUCCUUAACUACAGCCCUAGAAUCUCCCUAUCCCACCAGCCAAUUUUCUUUCUCCUUCUCUUUUCUCCCUCCCUGGCUCAGCGCACACACGCAUGCCGAGCAAUGCUGAGAGCUUUGCCUGGUGCUGGGUUAAGGUUAAGUAAAACUUUCUUUUCUUUUUUUUUUUUUCUCAGUGGUUUUUAAAGGAAGAUCUAAACAAUAAUGCCCAAUGGGUGAUGGUGCAACCCUUUAAAGUAAACUAUGCUCCCAGUUUUGCUAUUUUGGCCUUACAUUUUUAUUUCCCUUUAAAUUCCAGACAAAUCUCACUAUAAUGAAUAACCCUGACAGAAAAACUCUGAAACCUUGAACUCAUGAAAACAUUUGCUGGAUAUUUUUUGUUCUUUUUAACGUAAAUUACAUAUUAUUUCUUAAUAAGAUGUUAUGAAUAUCCAGGGCUUACAGUUUCAGCUCUGUAUUGGCAAGUGGAAAUUUUGAACAUGUUCUUCCUGGUGUGAAAUAUUGAUUUUUCAAUUACCCAGUCACAUGGCUUGGCCAACAGGUGGGAGGGAAGCCUGGAGCAGAUGCCUCAGGGUCAAACUCCACCCAAAUGUACUGCUGGCAGGGACAGAUUUGAGGGCUCUUGUGAGAGAGAUGAAACUACUUCUUGCAUAGGGGGAAGACACCCCUGCAUGCUCACAUACACUUGCACCCCUGCAAUCACACAGAGGUUCUAUGAAAAUGGCCCAGCUGCAUUCACAGAAUCUCGGAACAGAUUUGUACAGGUGUAUAGAAUGUUAGUGUUUGGGCAUACAGGCCUGUAUUUACAUGCCUGCUUAUCCAAAUACUAUAACAUUCCAUAAACCUGUACCUCUGCAUUCUCACAUUGACACUGACAAUUCCAUGCAUAUUAUCUUUUUAUCGUUACAAAUUUCAGUAGCAACAAAAGUGUUAAAAAACAAACAGUAAAUUGAUAAAAGCAUUAGCCCAUACUGAUUCUUUCUUGAAGUACUAGUUAUUCUUGAUUUUCAUGUGUUUUUUUAUUUUUUUAUUAUUCUGGCAACUCUCCCUUUUAGGCUCACUAAGUGAUGUGCACAACCAUUAUAUCAUGGGCAGAACCCAUAUUUACUGGACCCUGUGUGCAUAUAUACCCACAAUUGUCAAUAGUUUGUCAGCAUUAAGGUCAAUGGCUACAGGUGGUUCUCCUGCUCUAUGUCACUGCAAAAUACAGCUGCUCUGUAGUUGCACUGAUGAUUUAGUAAGCCCUUCUCGUGGAAGAAUAUAUGAAUAACUGGACAGCUUGUAAUUUGCCAGUCCAUUAAUGUCUGAACAGUGAAGCCAUUGUGUCAGCGGGGAGGUGUGUCCUGCUUGCAGAAUUGUUCCCAAGCAGGGUCAAUUGCAUAGGAGAAAGUUGUGAAAUAGACAUUGUGUGUUACAUUAGUGGUGGUGCCAGCAGCUCUAGUGAGGUUAUAGAUUUUAUUUCCUUUUAUCAGUAUGAUCAUUUGCCUGUAAGACUUGUUCAUAUCAAACGGGGAAAAUGAUUUGUGAGCAAAACACAGGAAAAACCCUAAAAAUGACAAAUAUUUAUACCAUGUUCCCAGACGAUCUUGUAUUCCAUUUAUGAUGUAGGUUUUGCGAGACAAGAUGAUCUGCAGUGAUUCAUAUUCUCUGUUACAUAUAAGAAUUGUUGGAAAUCUCUCAUCAGAAAUAGGUACAGAGAUGAUAACAAACAGAAUAUUUUUUCAGUCUUGAUAGUAUACCCCAACCCAUUUCUUGUCCUAUUUAUUUUGUUUCCUUUUUUUUUUUUUUCUUCUUUCCAUUGUCCUAUUGAUUCUCUCCUCAUUUGUCUUUAAUUUAUAAACUGCUGGUUUGAGAAUUUUUCUCUUGAUUGUAUAAAAAUCUUUGUUUAUAUCACAUGCAUUCUUCAAUAAAGGGUUACUCAAGGGUUGGGUAAGGGUUACAAAGUAUCAUAACCACUACAGCCCACUGGCCCGAUUCCCAGUAAUGAUGCAUAUCGUUUAGCAACACUUUGUCCUGUUACCUGGGUCCCUGCCAGGUCCGAGGCUUGCUAAAAUGUUUAUCACUGCGUUAAGCAGGUUUUUUUUUUCAGAGAGUCAGAGCGCAGAGUUAAUAUUGGUUAUUACAUUUUCUCUCUCAGGUUCAUUAAAAAACAGGGAUUGGAUCGCCUUUUUCACGAGUGUGACUCUCACAUGUGGCGUCUUGGAGAAAGACCGAUUCCUGAGGGCAUUGUAGUGGACGGUGGUUCUGAUUGGUUCGCCCUGACAAGAAGUUUUGUUGAAUACGUAACCUUCACGGAGGACACUAUGGUGUCGGACUUUAAACGCUUCUAUAAAUACACUUUGCUCCCAGCUGAGGUCAGAGUUUGAUAUCAGAUUGUAUUACGCUAACAUUAUAUAACCAUCCUCCUAAAAUCCCAGAUUCAUCCUUGGUCCAUAAACCCUUACAACUUAUUUUAUGAUGUUAUUCUUCAUCUACACUCUGUCUCAUAGUAAUUUUUUUUUUUUUUCUCUCCGUUUUUUUUUUUCUUUUGCAGUCCUUCUUUCACACUGUAUUGGAGAAUAGCCCAGCCUGUGGAUCUCUUGUUGAUAACAACCUGAGAGUCACAAAUUGGAACAGAAAGCUAGGCUGCCGGUGUCAGUACAAACACAUUGUGGAUUGGUGUGGCUGCUCUCCAAAUGACUUCAAACCUCAAGAUAUCGCACGCCUACAGGUACCAUAAAAACCUUUGCUUACUAAAAACUUUGGCAUCAUUCCACUUCUGUGUUAGUUCUUGCUACAGAGAGGCUCUGUUGUACCAUGGUAGCGUGUGAUGUGUUAAAUUCCCAGAUAUCCUUGUACAGUCUUUUUACUCUGCCAUUUACAAGAAUAUUAUACUUGCAAAAUAGGUGGAGCCUAAUUACCUUUUAGAUAUACUCCUUUUCCUACAGUUUUUUUUUUUUUUCUUCCAAAUACUAAUUUCUUGUGGCUCUUUCAAGGUGGCACUAUGCUCACAUGCCAGCACUUUAAUAGUUUAACAUUUCUUGAUAUUUAUGAUUUGGGAAUUAUAGUUCUUCCUUGAGUAUCCUGCAAAGAAUGUAUUCCUAACACUAUAUUAAGCUGUAUUCCUAAUACUAUAUUAACCCUCCGGGUGCCUAAAGUGUCCCUUUUAAAAGAAACUAUAGUGCCCCCAUCCCUCUCUGUGGUGCAAAAGGGGUUAAAAACCUUCUGUCACUUACCUCAGUCCAGCGCUGAUGUCCCUUGUCGCUGGCUCAGGUCUGCCUCCGCUCCUCUCCCACCGACUAUGGCCGCACUCGAAUUAGGGCUUUCCCCAUAGGAAAGCGUUGUGCAGUGAUUCGGGUGACAAUGGACAUUCUCCUGUAUAAUGUGAGGACAUCAGGCGACCAAAAGUCGCCUUACGACCCCUAAUUGCUGUCUGAUAGACAGCCACUAGAAGUGGAGUUACCCUACAAAGCUAAUUAUUGCAGUUAAUUAAUAACUGCAAUAAUUAGCUUUGCAGGGUUAAGGGACCUGGAACACUGCACCCAGACCACUUCAAUGAGCUUAUAGUGUCCCUUUAACUGUAAAAAAAAUAAAAAUCAGAAAACAUCAACCUAAAUUUUGAGUUUUAUUUGUAUUUUAUCAAAAUUAUGAAAAUGCACAUACUAGCAGUUGGAAUACAAUUUUUAGUUAAUAUCUAAGUGAAAGGUGUAGUAGAUAAGCAAGCUGUCAGCGCAGUAAUGUAUUUUUGAUAUAUUUUGCAUGGCUUGCAAUUAUCCUGCAUAUAGAGUCCACUUUUUCAAUACAGGUUGGAUGUUGUUUGCAAAAGCAGUAUUAUAUUUCAAAUGUAAUUGCUUAGCGUAACCUUAUCAGACAGGUGUGAUUCGGAAUAUAGUGUAUAAAAAGCUUUGCCAAUUUAUUUUUUUCCCUUACAAUGGUUCACCUUUGUAAGGGGAACUAAUGUCUUACAGAUCGAUUUUAUAAUCUGUAUGUGUGUGUAUAAGUUAUAUAUAAUAUGAGUUGCUUACAAGAAGUGAUUCAUAAAAUACAAUUGCUGAAUUUUACAGAACGUUUUAUUUAUACCGGUCUAUAGAAUAUUACUAAACAAUUAAACCCAUUUUUAUUUGAUAUAUUCCAGCAGCUCUCCAGGCCAACCUUUUUUGCACGAAAGUUCGAGUCAUCAGUGAACCAAGAGGUUCUGGAUAUUUUGGAUGCUCAUCUGUUUGGAGAGCCCCCUCCUGAGACCCCAGGCCUGAAAGGGUACUGGGAAAACAUAUACAGCAGUGUGGAAGGCAUGGGAGGCAUUAGUGAUGUCGACAUGACCGCAUACUCUUCAUUUAUACGCAUGGCACUUCAUGAAUUACAGGGUCCAGAAAAAGUGAAAAGAUGGACCGCUUGUAGGUGAGAAAUGAGAAGAUGUGGAAACCGACAACACAGCAGUGUGGUAAAAUGUGACCAGUACUUAUCACUGUGGGAUCGACAAGUUGUUCUAUGAAUAGUGAAACAGGUGAUAUAGGAGAGGAAAGUUUGAAAUACACUCCGUUCUUAUAAGGAUUUUGGGUGGGAGGAGCUCAGGCUGCAGUUACGGGCGAUAAUCCGGAAAAGCCAGGGAGAGGUACAGACAUUGGUUAUUCAGCGGUGUGGUCAGGUUCACAGAAGGGUCGGUCCAGGCAGCAAAUAUUAUUGAGCGGUAGACAAGCAGAAAAGUCAAAUACCAAAAGAGCAAAGUAACAACUAAAGUCAACUCUUUUCAACCUGUUUGUUAAUGAUCUUCAAAUAAGCAUCGAAAGUCGUGUCACAUGACACACAACAGGUAAAGUAAUACAGUGUGAGCAGGAUAUUACUACACUGCUGAAACAUUUAGAUGGAUCGACUGGAGACUCAAAUAGAAGAAGAAAUUGAAUGUAGAUAAAUGCAAAGUUAUGUACUUCGGGAUGAAGAAUGCACAAGCAACUUACACACUAAAUGGUAGUGAAUUAGGGAUAACACAUGUCAAUCAGCAGUUUCUAAGGCCAGUAAAUUAUUGCAUGCAUGACAAUGGCCAUUUUAGCCUCUUUAUCAAGGCACCUGUUCUAAAGAAGGAUAUUAUGGCACUAGAAAAAGUGCAGAGAUGGUCUUCAGAAUUAAUAAGAGGGAUGGAAAACUUUAGUUAGAAAGAAGGCAGUCAAAUUUAAAUCUAAAUUUUAAAAACGGUGCAUCAGAGGGGAUUUGCCAACAUUAUACAAAUACAUUUUGAGCCGCUACAAGCCUUUGACUGAAAAUCUAUUCAUAAAUAGAAUUGUACGUUUGACACGGGAUCACCCAUUUAGCAAAGGAAAGAGAUCUUUACUGAACAAUGAAGAAAUGGAAUUAUCUGCCCAAAGAGAUGGUUUUUUUUUAAAGGGGCACUAUAGGCACCAGAACCAGUGUAGCUUUACCCUUUCCCGAACUUGGACGUAUCAGGUAUGUUCGACAAAAAAAGGCCACAGUGAAUUAGAGCCCUGGAAGCAAUCAUGAUCGCUUCCAGCCGCUCUAAAGUUGUUGCAGCGAUGCCUCAAUGUUGAGGCAUCGUGCAAUACCCCCUCUCGCCGCCCCACCGAGGCACUCAGUGAAGAGAAAUUAAAUUUAAAAAUUAACCCCUUCUCUCCAUAUAUAUUUAUCCAAUCGCCGCCGUUUCCCCGCCGGCGAUCGGUGUUCUUCUUCUAUGGGGGAGGGGGCUGUCUGUCAGCCCAGACAGUCCCCGCUCUGCAAAUUAGGAUCCCCAAGGGCCAUGUGACCGCUCUGAAAUAGGUGUCCAUACUGCCAGCAGGGGGAAUGCCUGAACUGACAGGCAGUCCCCCUGCUGAUGAAAAAGUUUAAAAAAUAAAUAAAAUAAAUAUAUAGAUAGAUAUAUAUCAUAACGUCAUACUAAGGGUAUUUUUAUUAAUAUAUACAUAUAUUAAUAUAAAAAUACACUUAGAGUAAAAUUGCGUAUGUAUAUGUGUGUAUGUAUGUAUGUAUGUAUGUAUGUAUAUAUAUAUAUAUAUAUAUAUAUAUAUAGUGUAUAUGUUCUAAAAAAAAAGUAAAUUUAAAAAAAAUAAUUCUAUAUAUGUAUGUAAUUUUAUUCUAACUGUAUUUUGAUAUUUAUAUAUAUUUAUAUUAAAAUACACUUAGAAUGAAAUUUUAUAUGUAUAUAUAUAUUUCUAUGUAUAUAAAAAUAAUACGAAAUAUACAUAUGUCCAUAUACAUAAUUACAUAAAUAAUUUCAUAAAUGUACACGUAGACUUCAAAUAUGUGUAUAUAUAUUUAAAUACUACGUGCAUAUUUAUGUAAUAUUUUACAUAAGUAAUUUUAUUGAUUGCAAUUUGGGGGACCUGCCUGACAACACAGGCCAAAAUUCCAGAGAAUUUAAUUUGCUAGCACUAUAUUUAACCGUGUAACCUUCCAAGAUACCCUAAAACCUGUACGUGGGGGGUACUGUUUUAAUCGGUAGACUUCGCUGAACACAAAUAUUAGUUUUUCAAAACAGUAAAACAUAUCACAACGAUGAUAUUGUCAGUGAAAAUUAAGUUUUUUUGCAUUUUUCAUACAAAUGGCACUUUCAUUGAUGAUAUCAUUGUUGUAAUAUGUUUUACUGUUUUGAAACACUAAUAUUUGUGUUCAGCGAAGUCUCUGGAGUAAAACAGCACCCCCCCCCAUGUACAGGUUUUAUAGUGUUUUUGAAAGUUACUGGGUCAAAUGUAAGGCCGUUUUUUCACAUUGAAAGUUGCCAGAUUGGUUAUGUUGCCUUUGAGAGCGUAUAAUAGCCCAGGAAUGAGAAUUACCCCCAUGAUGGCACACCAUUUGCAAAAGAAGACAUCCCAAGGUAUUGCAAAUGGGUUUUGUUCAGUCUUUUUUAGAAGCCACUGGCCAAAGUUAGCGUUCAUAAUUGUUUUUGCAUUUUUAACACACAAACAAAUAUAAAUGCUAACUUUGGCCAGUGUUUGUGACUAAGUGGCUACUAAAAAAGUCUGGACAUCCCCCAUAUUGAAUACCCUGGGUUGUCUACCUUUCAAAAAUAUGUGGUUUGAUGGGGGUAAAUUACAUUGGGUGCAUGAUGACCAGCUGUGAAAAUUCCAAGUAGGAAAACUGGAAUGUGCACUCUCCCCAGAGAACCCGACAGACCUUUACAUGGGUGGUAUCACUGUACUCAGGAGAUGUUGCUGAACCCAUAUUGGGGGUUCUUUGGCAUUAACCCUUAAAGUUCUCUGUAUAUGUAUUCUUAAAUUGCUGUGUGUGUCAAAAAAAGCACCAUUUUUUUUUUUUUAAUUUGUCAUAGAUUGGUGGUAAAAUGGUUGCAUUAAAAGACUCAAAAUAGCCCACGUUUAAUACAUUAGGUUGUUUUCUUUAACCCCUUAAGGACCAAACUUCUGGAAUACAAUGGAAUCAUGACAUGAGAUCAGUGUUACAAUGUAACUUGCAUUAAUUUGGGGGGGGGGAAAUGGUUUGGAAAUAGCAAAGUGCUACUUGUACUUAUAGCCCUAUCACUUUCCAAAAAAAGCUAAGAACAUGUUCUCAUUGGGUAUUUCUAAACGCAGGACAAAAUUUAGAAACUAUUUAGCACGGGUGUUUUUUUGUUUUUUUUUUGCACUUGUAGAUGCAUAACAGAUUUUGGUGGUCAAAGUUAGAGAAAGUGUGUUUUUAAAUGUUUAUCAUAUUUUAUAAAAAAAAAAUGUUAUAGUAAAUUAUAUGAUAAAAAUAAUGGUAUCUUUAGAAAGACCAUUUAGUGUCGAGAAAAACGGUAUUUAAUAUGUGUGGGUGCAGUAAAUGAGUAAGAGGAAAAUUACAGCUAAACACAAACACCGCAGAAAUGUAAAAACAGCCCUGGUCCCAAACCGUAAGAAAAUUGAAAAGCGGUCUGGUCACUAAUGGGUUAAUGUAGUGGUACUGGUGUCUUUAGCCUAUCCCUGUAGGCUUUUUUCAAUGUAAAUGCAGCCUUUUAAGAGAGAAGGAUGUGUUUACAUUGCUGCUUAGUAACACCUCUAGUUGCAGUCACUCGGAUUGGAUUGGCUGAGAUCAUCAAGAUUGAGGCGGGGACAGCCGCAGUGAGACGAAUGCAGCGAGGAAGAAAAGGUACGUUUUUGCUUCAUAGAGAGGAGAGCUGGUCACCUAAAAAGCCACUCCAGCACUGUCUGUAUUCCUAACACUAUAGCAUUCCUUUAAAUAGUAACUGGAUAAAUUCUUGCAAACUCUGUUCAGGGCUACCUAAUGGCAUUCUGUGUGUAUUUUACAUCUGUUCUCAGUACGCACUGCGUUUUGUCAUACAUAACCAAUGGAGCUUUGAGCAGAUCUUGGCACUACUUUUAGUGUAAAAUUUUAAAUUCACAUAAAUUCUCACUUUAAUGAAUAACCCUGUAAACUGGAACUGAAUGGACAGUUCUCAUAGAAGCUUGAGGCUUGUUUAAUACAAGAGUGAUGAGGAGGACCAGGCAAAAUUGAGACGAAAAAUGCAAAAUGUGAAUUCAGCAUAUAUUUGUAUGUAUAUUUAUUUAUUUUUCCCUCAAUGCCUCACUCCCUUCAGAUUCUCUCCUUCUGGGUUUCCUUCCAACGCAGAACUUUAUUUUUAUGAUGACCAUUUCCAAGGUUACCUGAUUAUGCAGGAGGUGCAGAGUGGAGAAACGCUUGAGAUCUGGAUGAUGCCGCGAGGCACUCUAAAAGUGGCAGAUCAAAAAGGAGUAACUAAUCGUAUUCAAAGUCUGGAGGUAUGUAUGUAUGUAAAUCCUCGGUCUUACUCUGUAAAAUCAUCUUGCAAUCAGCCCUGUUGUAUUUGCAUAAAUGGCAUGGAACCAACACUUUAUUAAGGUUUGUUUGUUUUAUUUGUGUUCUCAUAAACUACAACACUGCUUCUAUUUUAGUUUGAAUCUUUAUCAUGCCUGAACCACAAAGACGUACGGUAUUUUUCGCUCCAUAAGACGCACUUUUUUUCCCCUCAAAAGUGAGGGGAAAUGUCUGUGCGUCUUAUGGAGCGAAUGUGAAGAUUUACUUACCUGUCUUGGAGCGUGGGCCGGCUUCACAGCGCGCUCCGCGGUCCAGGAACUUCUAUUUCAGGUUCCGGUUUCCGGCGGGACUGAAAGGAAGUGUGCACACUGACACACUUCCUUUCAGUCCCGCCGGAAACCGGAACCUGAAAUAGAAGUUCCUGGACCGCGGAGCGCGCUGUGAAGCCGGCCCACGCUCCAAGACAGGUAAGUAAUUAUGGGACAAGGGGAGGGGGACACUAUGGGAGAAAGGGAGGGGAGACACUAUGGGACAAGGGGGGGGAGGGGGGACACUAUGGGACAAGGGGAGGGGGGACACUAUGGGACAAGGGGAGGGGGAGACACUAUGGGACAAGGGCAGGGGGGGACACUAUGGGAGGGAAAGUGCACUAUGGGACAAUGGGAGGGGGGGACACUAUGGGAUCAGAACACUAAUGGACAAGGGGAGGAGGGGUUAAAGAACACUAUGGGACAGGGUAGGAGGGGUUAACAAUCACUAUGGGACAGAGGAAAGGGGGGUUAAAGAUCAUUAUGGGACAGGGGAGAAAAAAAAAUAUUUUGAACAAACUGUCCCAUAGUAAGAAACACUAUGGAACAGUUUGUUCAGAAUAUAUUUUUUUUUCUGGGUUUCCUCCUCUAAAAACUAGGUGCGUCUUAUGGAGCAAAAAAUACGGUAAUCAUAUUCUAGACUAGACUUGUGCACAAGCAAAAUACUUGGUUAGUCAGAUUGCUGGCAAACCAAGGUCAGCAGAAAGGUUGACCAUUUAUGUCACGUCAUGAUUCUUGGAUCACCGUUAAUUAAAAUUGGUUUUAGUAUUGUAUAGCAAUUUACAAAUUCUACUUAUCAUGUAAACAUCUGCUGUUUUUACAUCUAAUAUUUGCAAACAUCAGCAGUCUAAAUAUUCUUUCUAGACAUUAAUAAUUUAUGGACCAUGGGUUGAAAUUGGUCUGCAAUAGAUCUUUCGUAUACUUUACUUGGAUCACUUGAUGUAAAAAGGAAAUAGUCUGACAUGUACACGUUCUACUUUUAAAUUAAACUCAUGAAAUUGCCUGAUAAGAGAACGAGAGAACGUAAUCUGCCCUUAUAGAAUCACUGAUAUAGUGAAAAUAACACUUAUAAAAUAUAACAUUUAAUAAGUAUAAUUAAAAAGGUUAAAAAAAAAAUUGUAAAUAGUGGAAAAUAGAGAUGAAAAUCACCAAGGAUAAAGUCUAGAUAUAUGUUCUAACUAUACUGCCAGAUUGCUCUAUAAGAGUUGGAUUGUAGAAAAAGAUAGUAACAAUGUAAUCGGGUCCCUGAGUAGGAAGUGUAAAAGAAUAGAGACAAGUAACUGUCUGUAGCAACUAUCAGUGCAGCUAGAUAUAUCUUGUAGGUGGCAAACAGAUUGGAAAGAAAGGGGGAUAUCACCUAAAUGUCUAGCUAUAUCGAAAUCUUGACCAGUAGAUAAAUGCCUUUCUAACCGCAGUUUAUCUAUUAAGCAAAAGCGAAUAUAUAAUGACAGUGCAUAAAGAGUAGUUAAAAGGGUGAGGUAACACAGAAUCCACUGAAAACACGACGAGUGGCUGCCUCCUAAUACUUAUCCCAUCCAGCAGGCUACCUGUACUAAGGGAAUGCACCACAUAGCUCAAAAUUCCUACUGUAUAACCUAUAAUGUCCUUGCAUAGACCACAACAAAGCUGAACACUUUACUGACUUGUCCAACAAGGCUAUGUGACCUGCUAUGAAUGCUAUUGUAUUGACGUUAGAUGCUUAUCAUAUGUUAACAACAAUGUCUGCCUUUACAACUCAACCCCCGAACUGGCCUUAAUCUGCUGGCGGUUGACAUUUGAACAUGAAUGCUUAAAACUGUUAAACAAAUGUCUGAACUAUUUGACUGCUGGCAGCGUUAGAAGUCACCGGGCAAAUGGGUGAAAAACCUCUGUGUCAUUGUCCUAUCGCAUUGAGACCUGCGAGUCUCCCGUACACCCUUACUGUAAUAAUGUUCUAAUGUAACUAAAAUUCUAUGCCUUAAUAAAGCCUUGAAAGAUAAAAUAAAAAAAAGGGUGAGGUAAGUCAGGUGCAGUUUUAUACAAGGUUCCUUUCUGGAUAUUAGAAGGUUAGCGAAGAUAGACUGUGGUCGUGGAAUAGAUAUAGAAUAUAGGAGUCCUAAGUCUGUGCUUAAAGGAUGUGUAAAUGUCUACUGAAUAUAUGUCUAACAGUGGAGACAUCCGAUAUCUGUAGGGAACAUAAAACCUUCAAGGGCACCUAAUCUGCUGCUUGAUAAGAAGGAUAGCUAAGCCUUAAUUACUGCUAUCUAUCCACUACAAUAACUAAACUUUCCCUGCCAACACCAAAGAUCGGUCCUGCAAAGUGGGGGAAUAAAGCAAAAAUAAAUCUAGUUGUGAAUAUCUAUAUGCAGAGGUUAAGUAGCAGGAUAAGGAGUGCAGUUGAGCUCCGACGCAUGUUUCGCCAGUAAGCGGCUCUUCAAGGGGGAAAAUUGCCCGUUCCUUUUUCAUGGACCAAAACGAUUUUUACAAAUUUUUUUUAAUGAGAUAUCCAACAAGAUGGACACCCUCUCGAAUGUUUGCACAAUUCUGGGAGGACGUGAGAACUCUUAAUUAUUUGUACACAGACAUUUAGGUCUUGACCCCAGGGCAUACCUAUUAUCCACACCAAAGGAGAUCUUGAGCUGUAGUGAAUAAAAAAACUAUUUAAUAAAAUUACACUGGCAGCUAGUCGUCAGGAGCCCUCCGAAACGCGCCUUGAGCUCUCUUUUUUGUCGUUUUUACUUCACCUUUUAUUUAGUAUGCACUAGUUUAUUUCCAUUUAGUUCCAGGCAGGGAGGUUGGUUCAGGUAGGCAUUAGUGCCACGGUGCCGAGGUAAUACAGGGAUAGACUUUUUUUUUCAGUAGCCUUUUUUGGUUUAUGGUUAUUGAGGCUCCGUUCCUCCAUCCUCCUCCCUGUGGUUUCUACCUUUAACUAUACCUGACGCUAGUAUACAUGCUGGGAUUGUGUGGGGCUAGUGGUUCUGACACUAUUUGUAUUUUUAGACACGCUGAGUGUCUGUCUAGUUGCACCUUGGCUCAUUUGUACACGUACCUCACCAGCUGAAUAAAUGUAUUUCUCCCUCUAUAUUGAUUUUUUUGACCGUUAUUCUUUCAUCCUUAGAAUUACUAAAGGUAGGCCAUCCUCUCCUUUUCAUUGUUGCGCUCUCCUUAGGGCCUUCACUGGUCCGCUACUUUCCAUUUCAUAAUUAGCUUAUGUCAUCUCCAUGUUGUAUGAACACUCAGAAAUAGAAAAGCUUGCAACACUUUUUAUCAUUUGUUGAUGUCUUUCAAGAUCAAUCAUGCCUAAUAUGCAAUGCAUGCAAGACAAAUUCACAAACCAUAGUAUACUCCACAUACAUAAAAUAUAAUCCAGUUUUUGUGUGAGUAAUUGGAGAAGGGAACGUGAAUAAAAAUUACUUCAAAGCUUCAAUACUUAAAAUAUGAUCAGUAUUAGAAUAAAGAAAGUCAACUUCUAUUGUAACACAAACAUAAUUCUUCUUUCAUUUGAAACCAAAUAAAAUUUCUAGGCUGACCUGUAUCCAUUGUGAAUUAUGCCCAUCUAUCUUGUGUAGUGCUACGACUGUUGAAUUACACUACAUGUCUUUAACUGUACUGCCUAACACUAAAGAGAUAGAGAUAUAUAUAUAUAUAUAUAUAUAUAUAUAUACACAAAGAUUAUCCAUUGUUUCAAUUUGUAAGUAGGUUUGUGCUUAUCAAACCGAAACAUUUAUUUAUUUAUUUUUUUUUAUGGAUGGCUGAUUAAAAGCCAAGUUUUAUUUGCAUCAAAAUCUGGGAGUGCUAUCUAGAUUUUCUUUGUGGAUUUUGGCCUGACAAGUAUUGGAAUGGAUUAUAGAGUGCAAUAUUUCUAUCUAUCUAUCUAUCUCUUGGCAUUUCUUAUGACAACAAAUUUCUAUUGUAACACAAACAUAAAUCUUUUUCAAUUUAAAACCAAAUAAACGUUCUAGGCUGACCUGUAUCCAUUGGGAGUUAUGGUAGGUUAACAGACCUAAGGCAAGUCAGGGAAACAAUGGAUGAAAUAACAUGACCUGGGGGAGUUUAUGAAUCUUUGGUAAGUCAUAAAAUAUAGGAAUAUAACUUGGAAAAGCUAACCGAAAAAUCUUCUCAUGUUGAUCAAUUAUUAUUAGCAUUUAUGUAACACAAAUUUAUUCUGCAAUGCUUUACAGUUCUAGAAAGGGAAGAGGACCUGCUCAAAGAGCUUACAGUCUGAGGAUUAGAGAUAGGCAGAUCUAUAUUCUUAGAUGUCUUUCCUAGGGGCACUUACUGUUAAGGUGAUCUGACCGUAAUUCAACCUUGGGUUUCUAAGGCAGUGAUGUUACCAGCGCUCUAACCAGCUGAUCAAUAGUGCUUAACGCAAAGGCUUCUUCUAAAGGCACCAAAUCUUAUUUUUACUUGGAUUAAAUAUUCUUGUUAAUGUUAAACAUUCCCCAAGAUCCUCCAGUCCUGACCAUAGCAAUCCCUAUGCAUAAUGACAAUACCGCCUCAUUCGUUGGCAUUCUGUAUUGAUUUUAUAUUGGUUUCCAUUUAAUCCUUUAUAUCUAAUUCACUAUUGCCCAAAUCUGAUUCCUGAUAUUCCAACAAGGCAACAAAACUAUAUACAAAUGUCUAAAUAUUUAGGGAUAGUCUCAAUGUAUUAAAGGAACUCUAUAGUGGUGGUUUUAACACUAUAGGGUCAGGAAUACAUAUUUGUUUUCCUGACCCUAUAGUGUUAAAACCACCAUCUAGCAAUCCUGACUCCCCCUUGCACUUCUAAAUAUAGUAAUAGCACACUUGUGUUCAAGUCUGCAGCUACAGGCUCUGCCCCUGCCUGUUUGACUGACAUCAUCAGAAGUCAUUAUUUGAGCCAAUAACAAUACUUUCCCAUAGGAAGGCAUUGUAUUGGCUGAGAUUGUCAAGGAGGCAGAUCAGGGGCAGAACCAGCACAAGCCAAACACAGCCCUGGCCAAUCAGUAUCUCCUCACAUUGAAUUAAUGCAUCUCUAUGAGGAAAGCUCAGUGUCCCCAUUCAGAGGGUGGAUAAACUGAAUGUCAGUGCUGCACACUGUGCAGCACUGACACAGAAAGCACCUCUUUUAUCCAUAUGAUGAGUGGCCAGUGGAGGUAUUCCUAGGGUAUAAUGUAAACACUGCUUCUUCCUCUGAAAAAAAGAGCUUACUGCAAAAAGCCUGAAGGGAAUGAUUAUAUGCACAAGAACAAAUACAAUAAGCUGUAGUUGUUCUGGUGACUAUAGUGUCCCUUUAACCUCUUUGGUAAAAAAAAGACCUCACCAGUGUUAAAGGACCACUAUAGUGCCAGGAAAACAUACUUGCUCUGCGGAGAGGAAGGGGUUAAACUUACCUCUUUCUCCAGCGCCGGGCGGGGAGCUCUCCGCCUCCUCUCCUCCUAUAUGGCUGUAUGCGCAUGCGCGGCUAGAGCUGCGCGCGCAUUCAGCCAGUCUCAUAGGAAAGCAUUCAUAAUGCUUUCCUAUGGAAGCACGCAAACACCUCUAGCGGCUGUCAAUGAGACAGCCACUAGAGGCUUUAGAGGCUGGAUUAACCUAUUUAUAAACAUAGCAGUUUCUCUGAAACUGCUAUGUUUAUUAAAAAAAAACAAAAAAAAACAAAAAGGGGUUAACCCUAGCUGGACCAGGCACCCGGACCACUUCAUUAAGCUGAAGUGGUCUGGGUGCCUAUAGUGGUCCUUUAAUUUCCUUAAAACAUUAUUGGUGUCUUUAAAGGUCUAAAAUAUGUGGAUGACAAUAGAAGAAAAACUUUAUUAAAGGAUCACUAUAGGGUCAGGAACACAAACAUGUAUUCCUAACCCUAUAGUGUUAAAACCACCAUAAAGCCCCCCUGGGCCCCUUAUGCCUCCAUAAAUAGAGUAAAAUCUUACUGUAUUCAAGCCUGAAGCUGUAGAUCUGCAUGCUGUUUGCCUCAGAAAAACAAGCUGUCUGCUGACAUCAUCAGAAGUGGUGGCCUGAUCCAAUCGCAAUGCUUCCCCAUAGGAUUGGCUGAGACUGACAAAGAGGCAGAUCAGGAGCAGAGCCAGCAUGAUUCAAACACAGCCCUGGCCAAUCAGCAUCUCCUCAUAGAGAUUAAUUGCAUCAAUGAAUCUCUAUGAGGAAAAUUCAGUGUCUGCAUGCAGAGGGAGGAGAUACUGAAUGUUUGGAUGCAUUUUUGGCAGCCAUGACCCAGGAAGGAUCUCUAACAGCCAUCCAAGGAGUGGCCAGUGAAGUUAUCACUAGGCUGUAAUGUAAACACAGCAUUUUCUCUGAAAAGACAGUGUUUACAGCAAAAAGCCCGAAAAUAAUGAUUCUACUCACUAGAACAAAUUCAAUAAGCUAUAGUUGUUCUGGUGACUAGUGUCCCUUUAAGUAAUUUUAUCGCCUUGCUAUUUGAAUUAUUAUUAGAAAGAUUAAAAAUACCUCUUAAUUCAUACAUCAUUUUUAGAGUUCUUUCCACUUAAUUCCCUCUACAUCUAUAAUUCUCUGUCUUGUAGUGUGUGACAGAUAUUUGAAUCACUCAAGGUAAGAUUUGGGGAGCAUCAUUCUGCAAUAUCAAGUGGUAAGAGUAAAUUUUCUCCUGCAAAUUUAUUCACUGUUACAUGUAAUGGGAAUGCAAUAGAUCCCUCUCCCCCUUCCCCUCCUCCCACAUAGAUUAUGCCGGUAGGUAUAAUAAACUCAUCACUGCAGAAUCAAUUUGUAUUUUUAAACGAGAUACUCAUCGUCCUAAAGGACUUAAUGAUGAGAUUGGUUUGUUUUAUAAGAGUAUAUGUGUGGAUGUUUUCAUUUAUUUAUUUUUUUUAUUUACUUAUGUUGGUGGGCCACGAAUCCUUUUUUUAAAUGCAAAUAUUUUUUUCCCAUUUAUUUAUUUUUGUAUUACGCCAUCGAUAACAGAGCAAGAUUUGUGGCUAUUUUUAAAGUGUGACAUAGGUUGGAUUCAUUAAAGGCCUGCAUGACAUGAUAGUCCAGAGGAUUCUCUCAAGUGUGCAUCAAGAAGCUGAUUUCAAUGUCUUCUAGAGACACACAAUGGUUAUAUAAAUAUGUCCAUUUCCAUUUCGCUUGUAUUUUUUUUUUUUUUUUUUUUUUUUUUUGGGGGGGGGGGGGGGCGUUUUAUAAGGCAUCUCCUGGUAAAGAAUAGUGUUAAGUUUUAUAAUUGAAGAGGCUGAUCCCUUAGAGUUAAAGUAAAUUCAUAUAUUAAUCCAGCCUCUUAUUGUGGGUGUUGGAUUAACUGUAUGGCUUUUUUUAUAAAGCAGUCUGCACAUUCCUAUUGUACUGCCUUUUUUCUCAACAGAGUUGAAUGGAAGGCAACUGUUGCCUACUGGGUAUAGGAGAACAUAAUGCUUCUCUGAUGUUGCUAUUCUACUUUCACUGUGGCUGUUUUAGUAAAGUUUAAUGAUGCAUGAUUUAUUUUCAGGUAAGCUCAGAGUGGGAUCCCAAGGAACGGAUUUUCCGUAAUUUCGGUGGUCUUAUUGGACCCAUGGAUGAGCCAGUUGCAGUACAAAGGUGGACUCGUGGGGUUAACCUGACAGUCACUGUAGUUUGGAUUGAUCCCACAUAUAUUGUAGCUGCUUCAUAUGACAUUGCUGUGGACUCUGAAGCAGAUUAUACACAGUACAAGCCUGCUUUAACCCGCCCAUUGCGUCCUGGUGUCUGGAGUGUUCGUAUUCUACAUUUUUGGGAGAUGGUGGCUGAGGUCCAAUUCCUUGUGAUACCACUAACUGUAAGGAACAAGAAACCUCUACAGAGCGGUGAGUACAAACGGAUGAAAUAUCAACUUAGAUAUUGUAUAUGUAUAUACGUAUCAUUACAAAUAUGUAUAAUGUUUUUUUUGUUUUUUAAUUAAUUCACAGGAGAUAGCUGGUUGCACUCUGGUCCUCCUCUUGGACAAUACAUGGAACAAAGUUUUCAGGCUCUCAGUGGAAUUCUAAAUUUACCACCACGUGCUGACAUUGAAAAAGAGGCUAAUAAAAAGUCAGAGUUUAGGAGUAAAGAGCUGGAAAACUGGACAGAUGACAGUUUAAGAAGUUUUUGGUCUGUUGGGGGAGUUUGCCAAAAAACAGUUUCCAGUUCCUGCCCUUCGCUCCCCAUCUGUUCUGAUACACAUUGGAGCUCUUUGUCACGUGAUCCCAAAUCUGAGCUAGGGCCUGUUGGGCAAGAUGGCCAUCUGAGGUAGCAGAACCUGCUGGUUAAAACUCAGCAAACACAUGGGGCAGAACGCAGCCCUAAUUAUACCACUUGGAAAUGUCUGAACAGUGCCAUAGCCAUGGAUUCCAGCUGUCCGAUAGCGUGCUCAAGUGUAAUAAUCUGUGGAAUUAUAAUGGCCUACUACAGUUUUUGCCUCUUUAUAGUAUGGAUUGUUUCAACUUUAUUCCAUCUUUUUUCACUUGGGAAACAAGACGGGUUCUACCUUGUUUUAGGAAGUCUUGAUGAUGGUCACAUGACUACCUUUCACACUAAUCCACAGACAAAUUAUGUGUCAAAACAAUCUUGUUUCCCUAUGUGUGCCAAAUACAUUACCAAGGACAAAUGUGCUGCUAUGAAACAGACAUACAAAUUAUACUUUUUUUUGUUUUUGUUAUGUUCUUCAAUCCUGGGGGCUGGCUCCUCUUGGAGUAUGUUGGGUUUCUUUUUUUUAAUAUUGGGUUUAAAACCAUUUUUACGUGCUGGAGAUGAACCAUGACGCUUUCUAUGUGCUUAGCAGGUGAUGAUACUACAGACUCCUCAUCUGUGAAGAACGUUCUAUUAAUGUGACCUUCAUACUUUUACCAUCCACUACACUUGAUUCUACUUCAACUGAUAAAAUGUUACUUCAGCUUGUCCAGGUAAUGGAUAAAAUAAGAGCUCCAGUUUAGGUUCAAAGGGUAAAACCACACUUUUAUUCCUAGCAAUGCACCAAAGGAUAACUGUGAAAUGCAGUAUACAGAAUUAUGGUCACGUGUUUCCUUUUACCAUGUGGCAUUAAGAAGCACUUUAUUGGAGUCAUUUUUAUUUUUUUUUGUCAGUGAAAUGAGUCUUAAUAAAUGGGGUCUGUAAACACUAAAUACAGCAGUUGCUCUAUUGAAUUAUGUGGGGACAUACUCUCCUCAUAGUGGUGGUGAAAGAAAUAGUAGAAUUGAAGUAAUGAAUGUCUGCUUGUUUAUGCAUCUAAACAUGUAAGAUGGGUGAUUGGAUACAAAGAUUCCACGUAGUGAAGAAGUCCUGACUUGAAUAUUAACUUCUCAUUUUGUGAGAACCAUACGUAUAAUGAUUUGAGAAAAAAAUUUGGAAGUAUGUUUUGUUUUUUGUGUUUUUUUUAAAUUAUGUAGUUUGGUACAUCUGCUACUGCUAUACAGGCUUGGGACAGAUUAAUAGCACUUUACUGCACCUUUGUGAUAAAUUUUGGAAACAAAAACAAAAUGGACAUUUCAAAACUAGGAAGAAUUUACAGUAAGAUGAUGCAAAUAUUGUAUAUGCAAGUAAAGGUCUCUAACCGUUCUAAAAAGAUACAGUCGUGAUUCAUGUAUUUGCACUGUUUACAACUCUGUUAUAUUGCUGUAAUUUUACAAACCAUGCAAUGGAAUUGAGGGGGGGAG